UUUUUUGUCUAUCUCCAAACGAAAAAACCACUGAGCGCACAAAAACACGCACAUACACGUAUAUAUGCACUCGUGUGUAGUUCGCACAACUCAAGUGUGAAGAAGCGUGAGGGUGUUAGUUGAGAGACGGCGAUUAUACAGUUAAGCGCACAUUGCAAAGGUGCUGAUCGAAACGAGCAUACGAACGGACGUGUAAAACGGAACGGAAACGGUCGUCCACACGGAAAAAGCCGCUGAGCAGUCGAAGAAGACAGACCGUCGAGUAGUGAACCAGCGUGGGUCGUCGUCGGCAAUCAAUUGAGAGGCACAACACGGUGUACAGCAAAAAAAAAACACAAAAGUACAAAAAUACGAAAAACGGUAAAAAAAACGAAAAACGGUAAAACAAAAUAAGCGGAAUUGUUGUUCAAAAGUUAUUGUGGCAACAACCGUGUAAAAGCUUAACCGAACUCAAUUUAUUUCUUGCCAAACAAAAAACAAAAAAUCUAUUUACUUUGAUUUUAUCUGCCGCUGCUUACAGUGAUUAAGUUAAAAAGUUGAGUUGGAAAAUCUAAAGCGAAAACAAAAUCACUGUUUACAAUUUAGCAAACGACACGCGUGCGGAGUUUUCGAAGGAAACCACAAAAAAAGGCGCAUUCAAGAGUAAAAAAUAGUUUCAGUGAUUGCCAAAAAAAAUUUCGCAUUUUUGUAAUUUUUAAGUGAUACCUACAUACAUACAUAUAAAUUAUAUAAAAUAAUAUAAAAUAAAUAUGACAGCAUUUGGUUUGUUCCUCUUAUCAAUGUGGGGCUUCGGUCAAGAGAUGCCCGCCACGCACACACAGAUGAUUGCACGCGCCGCCUGGGGAGCGCGUCCAUCAACGCUAAUCGAACACUUUAACGGCCCAGCGCCAUAUGUCAUCAUUCAUCAUUCGUAUAUGCCAAGCGCCUGCUACACGACCUCAGAUUGCAUCAAGGCCAUGCGUUCUAUGCAGGACUAUCAUCAGUUGCAGCGCGGUUGGAAUGACAUUGGCUAUAGUUUUGCGAUCGGUGGCGAUGGCAUGAUUUAUGUGGGACGUGGUUUCAAUGUGAUUGGCGCGCAUGCGCCCAAAUACAAUGACAAGAGUGUUGGCAUCUGUAUGAUUGGCGAUUGGCGAACUGAAUUGCCACCACCGCAAAUGCUCCAGGCUGCGAAAUCAUUGAUACAAUUUGGCGUUGCAAAAGGGUAUAUCCAUCCGAAAUUCAAGUUGCUGGGUCACAGGCAAGUGCGUGACACCGAAUGUCCGGGUAGUCGACUGUUCGAGGAGAUUUCAACGUGGCCGCACUUCGUGCUAGAUCCCAAUGGUGCUGACAAUGAGAUUGCAAAGUGAAAAAGUGUAGAUGCACUAUGAAGCGCGGAGAGUGAGUGAGUAAGGAAGAGAAAGAGGCCAAGAACUCAGUUCGGUUACUAGGAAUUUGGCAUUUUACGCGCUUAAGACAUCUCUUCAAAGUUCACUAUUAAUUUUAGAUUUAUAUUUAAGUAGAUAACCGUCAUUCAGAUCAUAGCAAAAUUUUUGACUUAGUUUUAAUUCUAAACUAUGAGGAAGAAAUAUUUAAAAAAAAAUGCAAAAACAUGAUUUUUAGUUACACUUUAGUCAAUUGUAAAACUUAAUGUGGACUGCAAAAUAGAGAUGGAAUUUUAGUUUCAAGCAAUAAAUAAAAAUUUGAUUUAAAUGAAAAAAUAUUUGAAAAGCUCUGGGCUUUGAAUUUAAUU